AUGUCAGAGAAAAACACGCGACUGAACAUUAGAAAUCUGGAUAAUCUUUUUGCCAGGGAAAACUUGCAGAUUUCGUUGAAUCAGCUACUUGAAGAUUCUCAUUCCAUAAUGAAAGUUCGUCAAAGUGGGAAAAAAUUAUGCGGUGAAAAAUUUUCUUCUCAUAAUUAUGCUAAACCAACAUAA